UCCUGCAGAGGAAGGGCCGAAACAGAAACUCAACAGGAAGACUCCAGAGCCCAGAAAUGGAGGGAGCCCUCCAGGUGUGCAGGAACUGCAAAAGAAGCCUGGCCUCCGCCCACUUGGCCCUCCACGAGGCCCACUGCCUGCUCUUCCUGACCCUCUGCCCCGAGUGCAAGGGACCCGUCCUCCAGGCGAAGAUGGAAGAGCAUUGCGAGAGCGGGCACCAGGAGGUCGGGUGUGCAAUGUGUCAGCAGAGCGUGCCGAAGCACUCGCUGGAGCUUCAUGAGGCCACGGAAUGCAGGGACCGCCCCGUUGCGUGUCAGUUCUGUGAGCUGGCCGUGCGCCUCAGUAAGGCAGAGAUCCAUGAGUACCACUGUGGCAGCCGGACUCAGCUCUGCCCAGACUGCGACCAGCCCAUCAUGCUCCGAGCGCUGGCCCAGCACAAGGACGUGUGUCAGGGCAAACAGGCCCAGCUUGGGAAAGGGAAGGAAAUUUCAGCUCCUGAAUGCAAAUUCAGCUGUUGGUAUUGCAACGAAAUGAUUCCAGGAGAUAAGUAUUCCCACCACGUGGAUAAAUGUCGCACAGUCUCAGAGUCUGUGAAAUAUUUUCCAGUUGGAAAGCCAAGAAUUCCUCCUCCAUCCCUUCCAAGCCAGGCUGCUGAAGAUCAAUCUUCCACGGCAGAGAAAGAUGUCCGUCCCAAGAAAAAAAAUAAAAACAAAUUUCCUCUUCCUUCUGAAAAGUCAACAAAGCAAGCACCAAGAGGCGCAAACAAAACCAUGGAUCUGCCUUUGAAGUCCAAGCCCAAGGCCAGGAUCACUUCUCCCAUAGAAGAUGAGGCAGCAUAUGACAUUCUGAGGAGAUGUUCUCAGUGUGGAAUCCUCCUUCCCCUGCCAACCCUAAACCAACAUCAGGAGAAAUGCUUGCGGUUAGCUUCAUCAAAAGGAAAACAAGUGAGAAACUCCAGCUAGAUCUGGAGAGAAAAGAGAUGUCGGUUUGUCCAAGAGCUACAGAUAAACCAGGAGAUAAAAAGACUCUGCUCUUCUGCCUGAGAAUUCUGCUCAAGCACCCAGGCCCUACAGCCUGGACGCCCUGGGGAAGGCCGCUCUGUCCCUAGAGAGUAAAGACCCCCUCCAUGGAA